AUGUCAACUUUUAUCACGGACCAUGCUGACUGUUUGACAGUCGGCAAUGCUGCACGCGCUUUUAUGACAAUCGGAUUAGCUUCGAGGCUACAGGCACUUCGAGACUCAGAUCGCAAUCUGCAAUCAUUCUGUGAGAUCCAAGUUGACAACGACAGUGUAUCCCGAUGCUACUGGAGUAUUACCAUCCUGGAACAAGUGUUCUCUCCACAACUGAAAAAUGGUGCCUUCGAAAGAAGGCAGAGUUCUUCAAAGACUUAUCCUCCAAGUGCACCUUGCCCACCACCAGUCGGAGCCAACGUGAAUAACUCUUCUGGUCAGGCCGACAUCCUCCCUCCAGUCCGUUCUAUUGGAAUGGACUCGAAUGGUUUAAACGACCUUGGGGUCAACGCGUAUGCGAUUCGACUGAUAUCAAUCUGGGGGGAUGUCACAACAUACCUUUCCGAAAUCCACUCUGGCAAAGCGGAAAAGCCAUGGCUACCAACCUCUGCGAACAUGAAGCUCAACUUCCAAAUGCACGAAUGUGAAACUCAAGUAUCAUCUUCACAUCUUUUCAGGCACGUACAACCACUGAAAAGAUCACGCACUGAGCUUCUCGAGCACCAAGAAUAUUGGAUUUCCUGGGCACUGAUGCAGAUUGCUUCCCACACAAUUCCGGCAAUUCUGAAUCACCCAUUCAUACAUUUGAUAGCAAGGAGUUCACAUGAAGGCAACCACACCAUCCGCCCUUCAUUCUACUUGCAGCAGACUGUCGACCUGGCACUAUUCCAUGCUGGGUGGGUUGCCCAAUUACUAUUGAUCUUCGAGCGCUUCCCCUUUGAGAUUACUAACCCUGUGGUUGGACACAUGAUCACGGCAACCGCAACGGUUUUCUGGAUAUUUCAGUUUUCGCGAGACAUAGCGGUUUCAACUAAAGCUAAAGACGAUCUUGGAAAGUGUGAGAGAUUUCUUGGAAAACUGGCAGCAAAAUGGCCACACAUUGACCAGAAGCUCAAAAUUCUUCAGAAACUCCAAGCCAAAGUACGAGGAAGACGACCUGAAAAUCAGGGCGGCAACGGAAGCACCACUGAGGAAGGAUGGGAGACUGCCCCUACGACAGUCACAAUCACGUUUCGCCCUUCAGACCUAUGGGCACUGCUCGACUGUAAUAUAUUAGGAAUGACGGUUGCAAAUUCGCCAUCUUCUCCUGAUCUUGCGACGGGUGAAAAUGAGAACAAUGCCAGUAUCAGCCUCAAUGUCCACGUGGUUCCGUCAAUCUCAGAAGGUCAAGAUGUUUCGAGACAAUCCACUUUCGCACCGGCCGAGACAUCGAUCAACGACACCGCUGGACCCUCGGAGCCUGCAAGUGACGAUUCAUUUCUUGAACUUGGGGUGGUCGGAGAUAAUGUUCCAUUUUUUGACGACCUCCUGUCACAGUUUACCGGCAGUUUCAACGAUUGGAGUAAUCCUCAGUGGUUACGAGCUAUGCCGCAAAUUCCAGAAUAG